GAUAUCAGAAAUGCAGAUGGAUUCAUUGGCCAAUAUGAUCGCAAUCAAUCACAAGUCCGUCGACCAAGUCUGGGUUGGCCUGUCUGAUGAACGGGAGGCAGGGAUGUGGGCAUGGACUGAUACAAGCCCAUUCAACUACAGACCAUGGAAGGCAGAAACCCAGCAGUCAGGAAAAAACUGUGCCAUGCUGACACGGGAAACAGGGUUUCUGAAACUCAUCCCUGCACGCUGCAGCCUACCUAAACCCUACGUGUGUGUGGGGAACCUGUCGUAAGGAAAGCUGUUCAUGAACCACAAAAAACCCAGAAAUGUCUGGA